GCGUCAUGAACCCUAAGCAGUGAUUGGCCGACGGUGUUUCCGUGCAGUUACAUCCAGUACUUUUGUUCGGAGAGGCUGUCAGAUUUGGAACCAAACACUGGACAUAGACAACUACUUUCUCACAUACAUUUUUUAUACGCUCCCGCUCAAUAAACGAACAAUGGCGCAGUGGGGCCAGCUUCAGAUGCUGGACUGCAAGUACCUGGAGCAGGUGGACCAGCUGUAUGAUGAUUCCUUCCCCAUGGACAUCAGACAGUACCUGAGCAAAUGGAUCGAAAGCAUCGACUGGUAAGAUGUCAAACACGGCAGGAUGAUUGGGACACGGUGGCGCUGCAGGAUUCGCUGGCUACGGUCCGCUUCCAUGACCUCCUGGCUCAGCUGGACGACCAACACAGCCGCUUCGCCUUGGAGAACAACUUCUUGCUGCAGCACAACAUCCGCAAGAUCAAGAGGAACCUGCAGGAUCGAUUCCAGGAAGAACCAGUCAGCAUGGCCAUGAUCAUCUCCAGAAACCUGAUGGAGGAGCAGAAGAUUCUGGCCAAUGCGAAGAGUACGGAGCAGGAGGGCGAGGGGACGGUGUCGGCCAUGGUGGUAGAGAAACAGAAACUGGACAACAAAGUGAAGGAGAUAAAAGACAGAGUGCAGUUUGUGGAUCAGAACAUAAAGAAUGUGGAAGACCUGCAGGACGAGUACGACUUCAAAGUCAACACGCUGAAGAACAGAGAGAACGAAAUGAACGGCAUGACACCGAAGGAGCUGGAGAAGGAGAAGAUGCUGCUAGCGAGGAUGUGCUUCGAGCUGAAAGCCAAGCGCCAGGACGUGGUGACCCAGCUGAACGAGCUCCUGAAUGUCACCCAGGCUCUGCUGUCGGACCUGAUCUCCGAGGAGCUGCCGGAGUGGAAGCAGCGGCAGCAGAUCGCCUGUAUCGGGGGUCCGCCCAAUGCCUGCGUGGACCAGCUCCAGAACUGGUUCACAGCUGUAGCAGAGAGUCUGCAGCAGGUUCGUCAGCACCUGAAGAAGCUGCAGGAGCUGGAGCAGAAGUUCACCUACGACAGUGACCCCAUCACACAGAAGAAAGCUUUCCUGGAGGCCAGAGCUCUGGAACUCCUCAAGAACCUCCUCUCCAACUCUCUGGUCGUCGAGAGGCAGCCCUGCAUGCCCACCCACCCACAGAGGCCCCUGGUGCUGAAGACAGGUGUCCAGUUCACCGUGAAACUCAGGUUCCUGGUGAAGCUGCAGGAGUUUAACUACCAACUCAAAGUCAAAGCUGUGUUUGACAAGGAUGUUACAGAGAAGAAAGGGUUUCGGAAGUUCAACAUUUUGGGAACAAACACCAAAGUGAUGAACAUGGAGGAGUCGAACGGCAGCCUGGCAGCUGAGUUCAGACAUUUGCAACUGAAAGAGCAGAAAGUGGCUGGGAACAGAACCAAUGAGGGUCCCCUGAUCGUCACCGAGGAGCUACACUCACUCAGCUUCGAGUCCGAGCUGCAGCUCAACCAGUCGGGACUUGACAUCAAACUGGAGGCCAUGUCUCUGCCUGUCGUGGUCAUCUCCAACGUCUGUCAGCUGCCCAGUGGUUGGGCCUCAAUCCUCUGGUACAACAUGCUCACCACCGAGCCCAAGAACCUGAAGUUCUUCCUCUCCCCUCCGACGGCGAAAUGGUCUCAGCUGUCCGAGGUUCUGAGCUGGCAGUUCUCCUCCGUCACCCAGCGAGGCCUGAACCAGGAGCAGCUCAACAUGCUCGCCGACAAACUGCUUGGAACCAAAGCCCAGAGGAACCCAGAGGGACAAAUCCCCUGGAACAAGUUCUGCAAGAGUGCCAACGAGAAAGCGUUUCCCUUCUGGCUGUGGAUCGAAGGAAUCCUAGAUCUGAUCAAAAGGCACCUGCUCUCGCUGUGGAACGACGGCUCCAUCAUGGGUUUCAUCAGCAAGGAGAGGGAGCGUGCGCUGCUGAACGACAAGUGUCCCGGGACCUUUCUGCUUCGGUUCAGUGAGAGCAGCAGGGAGGGAGCCAUCACCUUCACCUGGAUCGAACACGACGUCCACGACAAGCCCGACUUCCACUCGGUGGAGCCAUACACGAAGAAGGAGCUGGGCGCCGUCUCUCUGCCUGACAUCAUCCGCACCUACAAGGUGAUGGCCGCUGAGAACAUCCCGGAGAACCCGCUCCGCUUCCUUUACCCAAACAUCCCCAAAGACAAGGCCUUUGGGAAGUUCUAUCCCAAACCCACUGAGACUGCAGAGCCAAUGGACGUGGAGAGCCUGGAGAAGAGGGGCUACAUGAAGACAGAGCUCAUAUCCGUUUCGGAAGUACAUCCGUCCAGACUGCAUGACAACAUGAUGCCCAUGUCUCCGGACGACUACAAGGUUCUGGAGCAGUACGUCGGACCCAGGGACAUCGACGCCGUGGCUAGCAAUCUGGUUGGAUUCGGAGAUUUUGACAUGCAGAUGAGUGCAGACUUCCCCGACGAGAACUGAAGCGUCGUUGCCUCGUCCACUUCUUACCGCUGUACUGGGUUGUUUGUGUUUUUAUUUUCCACUACACAAUAGAUUUAUCGUUUUUUCUCUGAUGUGCAACGACAAUAAUCCUCCAUAACUCGAAAUGACAGGAAAAAACAUAAUAAGAUGCCACCCGGCAUCUACAGAACUCAAUGAGCUGAAAAGUAUCACAGCAAAUCCGCGGUAGUUGUCUGUACUGUACAUGCAUAAACUGCUAAUAGUCAAAUUCUUUAUACUUGUAAAGGUUUAAAUACAUACGGAAGUUAGUACUUGAGGUGAAGUUAAUGUGAAUCUGUCACUUUAAAUGUGUACAUAUCUUUUAUUGAAAGUGAAAUGUAAAACUCUGUGAAAACGGUUCCGCCUACUUUUAAAAAAAAUGACUUCACCACAGUCGCAGCAGAAAUUCUAUGAAAACAAAAGCACUUCAUAAAUUGUGUAUUUAAAAUCAUAGAGUGCAUGUGUGGAUGUAAGAAACCCUAACUGCAGCUGAACCACUGCGUGGCUCCUGCCAGGCAUGAGAAAUAAAGCAGAACUAUGCUGGAGAUAAUAUCA